AUGGGUUUCUUGGAACAAAUCUGUGGUCAAAACAUCGAAGAGCAACAGCCGCACGAGUAUUCGGAGUACAAGCCGGAGAAGGGAUAUGGCUGGGCAGAGACCUUGCCCCUUCGGCAAGGUCUCUAUAACCCUGAGCUGGAGAAGGAUGCUUGCGGUGUAGGCUUCACGGCCCAUAUCAAGGGGAAGGCGAGUCACAAAAUUGUUAGCGAUGUUCUUUGUGAGCACUUCCCUCCAAUGGGCCAGUACGCCACGGGUAACCUGUUCUUCAAGCCCGACCCUGAAACACUAAAAGAAUCCAUAGCUACGUUUGAAGAGCUGGCGAAAGAAUUGCAUCUGCGAGUGCUGGGUUGGCGCGAUGUCCCCCGCGAUUCCACCUUGCUUGGUCCUGCUGCGCUGUCUCGCGAGCCCAUCAUCAUGCAGCCGUUUCUUGUGCUCCAAUCCGCCUAUGGCAAUGGGAAUAAGCCUGAGACCACGGAUCCGCAGAAUUUCGACGAGCGUACCUUUGAACGCCAGCUCUAUGUCCUGCGGAAACGAGCAACCCAUGUCCUAGGCCUUGCUAAUUGGUUCUAUCUCUGUUCCCUCAGCAACCGAAACAUCGUCUACAAAGGCCAAUUGGCUCCUGUUCAGGUCUACGAGUACUACCAUGAUCUGGUCUCCGUUGACUACGAAGGCCACUUUGCGUUGGUACACUCCCGAUUUUCUACAAACACUUUCCCCUCCUGGGACCGCGCUCAACCCCUCCGCUGGGCUGCACACAACGGUGAAAUCAAUACUUUGCGCGGUAACAAGAAUUGGAUGAGGGCAAGAGAAGGAGUGCUACGAUCUCAUAUUUUUGGGGAUGACCUAGACUACCUCUACCCGAUAGUUGAGGAUGGUGGCUCCGACUCUGCCGCCUUUGACAACGUGCUUGAAUUGCUCACUAUCAAUGGAGUUCUGUCUUUGCCAGAAGCUGUCAUGUUGAUGGUUCCCGAGGCGUGGCAAGACAACGCUGCCAUGGACCCUGCCAAGGCUGCUUUCUACGAGUGGGCAGCUUGCCAGAUGGAGCCAUGGGAUGGCCCCGCGCUCUUCACAUUCUCCGACGGACGUUACUGUGGUGCUAACUUGGAUCGCAAUGGCCUGCGACCUUGCCGAUACUAUAUCACGGACGACGAUCGUAUCAUUUGCGCAUCCGAAGUUGGCACAAUUCCAUUUGAGCCUGAGCGCAUCAUUGAAAAAGGGCGUCUCCAGCCUGGAAAAAUGCUGCUGGUCGACACCAUCGCUGGAAGGAUCAUUGACGACACGGAGUUGAAAUCUACUGUCGCUAGUCGCCAGGAUUUCAGAUCAUGGGUCGAUAGCCAAUUAAUCCGACUUCCAAGGAUCCAAAAGAGCCUGGAGGAGCAGAAACUUAACCUGUCUUACACCUUGGAUGAUGCGACAGUCCAGGGUGAUGUGCGACUCAAGGCAUUUGGCUAUUCCUAUGAGCAAGUAAGUCUCAUUUUGGGACCCAUGGCUGCGGAUUCGAAGGAAGCUCUCGGAUCUAUGGGUAACGAUGCCCCUCUUGCAUGCCUAGCCCAGCAACCUCGACUUCUAUAUGAAUAUUUCCGUCAGCUUUUCGCGCAGGUUACCAAUCCCCCAAUUGAUCCCAUCCGGGAAGCAAUUGUCAUGUCUCUAGAAUGUUACGUUGGCCCACAAGGGAAUCUCCUCGAGAUGGAUUCUUCACAGUGCCAUCGUCUACUCCUUAAAUCUCCGAUUCUGUCCCUAAGCGAGUUCAACGCGAUCAAAAAUAUGACGGUUAUUCACCAGGACUGGCCUGUUAAAACAAUCGAUAUUACGUUUGAGAAAGAAAAGGGAGUUGAAGGUUAUUUAGAUGCUCUGGAUGAUAUUUGCAACGCUGCAACUGAGGGUAUCGAGAAUGGCGAUAAGGUUCUUAUCCUUUCUGAUAGGGCCACCUCCGCCAAUCGAGUACCCGUCUCUUCUCUACUUGCCACUGGUCUUGUUCACCAUCAUCUCGUUCGCAACAAGUGGCGAUCGCUGGCGGCCAUCAUCGUCGAAACUGCAGAGGCUCGCGAAGUCCACCACAUGUGCGUCCUGCUCGGUUAUGGUGCUGAUGGUAUCUGCCCUUACCUAGCUCUGGAAUGUAUCCUGAAGAUGAACCGUGAAAACUUAUUCCGCAAAAAACUCUCUGACGAGAAAAUUAUCGAAAACUACAAGGCCUCGGUUGAUGGUGGUAUCCUCAAAGUAAUGAGCAAAAUGGGCAUCUCGACUCUUCAAAGUUAUAAGGGCGCUCAGAUAUUUGAAGCCCUAGGAAUUGACGACAGCGUAAUUGACCGCUGUUUUGCUGGUACCGCUAGUAGGAUAAGAGGUAUGACGUUUGAGCAGAUCGCGGAGGAUGCAUUCGCCUUCCACGAGAAGGGUUUCCCAUCGCGACACAUCACGGAGAUCCCCGGCUUGACGGAAUCAGGUGAAUAUCACUGGCGCGAUGGCGGCGAACCUCAUAUCAAUGAUCCUGUUAGCAUUGCCAACAUCCAGGAUGCCGUGCGAACCAAGAAUGACAAAUCAUAUGAAGCAUAUGCCCGCUCGGAACAUGAGCAAAUCAAGAAUUGUACACUCCGUGGAUUACUUGAUUUUGAUUUCGAACAACGUAUUCCUGUCCCAAUCGAUCAAGUAGAGCCUUGGACUGAGAUUGUUCGCCGUUUCGUGACCGGUGCUAUGUCUUAUGGCUCCAUUUCAAUGGAGUCUCACUCCACUCUUGCUAUUGCGAUGAACAGACUCGGAGGAAAGUCCAAUACUGGUGAGGGCGGUGAAGAUGCAGCACGUAGCAAGCUUAUGGAGAAUGGCGACACCAUGAGAUCUGCCAUCAAGCAGAUUGCUUCUGGUCGAUUCGGUGUCACAUCGAAUUAUCUUGCGGAUGCUGAUGAGCUUCAAAUCAAAAUGGCUCAGGGAGCCAAGCCUGGUGAGGGAGGAGAGCUUCCUGGUCACAAAGUAUCUGCCGAGAUUGGCAAGACGCGCCACUCCACUCCUGGCGUCGGCCUCAUUUCGCCACCACCGCAUCACGAUAUUUACUCAAUUGAAGAUCUGAAACAGCUCAUCUAUGAUCUGAAAUGUUCAAACCCACGAUCUCGUGUUUCCGUCAAGCUUGUUUCUGAAGUUGGCGUCGGUAUUGUUGCGUCAGGAGUAGCUAAGGCCAAGGCGGAUCAUAUUUUGAUCUCAGGUCACGAUGGAGGCACUGGAGCUUCUCGAUGGACCGGAAUAAAAUACGCUGGGCUUCCGUGGGAACUAGGUCUAGCAGAGACUCACCAGACGCUAGUUCUUAAUGAUCUUCGUGGCCGUGUUAUCGUUCAGACUGAUGGUCAACUUCGAACCGGCAGGGAUGUGGCUAUAGCUUGUUUACUGGGAGCAGAGGAAUGGGGUUUCGCAACAACUCCUCUCAUUGCCAUGGGCUGUAUUAUGAUGAGGAAAUGCCAUCUUAAUACUUGCCCUGUUGGAAUUGCAACUCAGGAUCCUGUCCUCCGGCAGAAGUUUCAGGGUACCCCUGAGCAUGUUAUCAACUUCUUCUACUACAUCGCGAACGAACUACGAGCGAUCAUGGCCAAAUUAGGCAUCCGAACUAUCAACGAGAUGGUGGGUCGAGCUGACCUGUUGAAAAUGCGAGAUGAUCUCCCCUCAUCCAAAAUGGAGAAUAUUGACCUCUCUCUCAUUCUCACCCCCGCCCAUUCUCUUCGACCUGGCGUAGCGACCUACAACGUUCGCAAGCAAGACCACCGCCUCCAUGUUCGUCUGGAUAAUAAGCUCAUUGCUGAGUCUGAACUGGCUCUAGAAAAGGGCUUGCCAUGUCGCAUUGAGUGCGAUAUUGUUAACACUGACCGCGCGUUGGGUGCUACUCUUUCAUACCAGAUUAGUCGUCGGUACGGAGAGGCUGGUCUCCCUCAAGACACAAUCCAUGCAAACAUCAAAGGAUCCGCUGGUCAGUCCUUUGGUGCAUUCCUUGCGCCUGGUGUGACCCUGGAGCUGGAGGGCGAUGCCAAUGAUUAUGUUGGUAAAGGAUUGUCCGGAGGCCGUUUGAUCGUUUACCCACCACGCAGCGCUGUUUUCAAGGCCGAGGAAAACAUUAUUGUCGGAAACGUUUGCCUAUACGGUGCCACACUUGGUCACUGCUAUUUCCGUGGUGUAGCAGCUGAGCGAUUUGCUGUGCGUAACUCCGGUGCUACUGCAGUAGUAGAAGGAGUCGGUGAUCACGGUUGUGAGUACAUGACUGGAGGACGUGUCCUUAUUCUUGGGUCCACUGGUCGAAACUUCGCAGCGGGAAUGUCUGGUGGUAUCGCCUAUGUCCUCGAUGUGAAUCAGGAUUUCCAUUCUAAGAUCAACACGGAAAUGGUGGAAGUUUCUGGGGUUGAAGACCCAACAGAGGUUGCCUUCCUACGAGGCCUCAUUGAGGAUCACCACCACUAUACGGGCUCAGAACUGGCUGCUCGUAUCCUUCUUGAUUUCACUAGAGCACUUCCCCAUUUCGUCAAGGUCUUGCCCACCGAUUAUAAGCGAGUAUUGGAGGACGAAGCAGCCAAAACUGCCGCUUCCAAGAAGGCUGAAUUCAGUCUUCCCAUAUCGUCCGGAAAUCCUGCAAAGAAAACCUCCCAGAAAGUCCAUGAGCAUCGUGACGAGCCCAAGAAAAGUGAUAUUCUGGAUAUUGAAGACAGUAUCAGCGACUGGAAGACAGAGAAAAAGCGAAAUGCCCUGAUCCUCGACAAGACCAAAGGCUUCAUGAAGUACCAGCGGCGUAGCGAAAAAUAUCGCAACGCAAAAACUCGAACUCGUGACUGGGCUGAGCUGAGCACACGACUGACUGAAGAUGAAUUGAAGUACCAGUCUGCUCGUUGCAUGGAUUGUGGUGUUCCUUUCUGCCAAUCUGAUACUGGAUGUCCCAUUUCAAACAUUAUCCCCAAAUGGAAUGAACUUGUCUUUCAGAAUCAGUGGCGGGAUGCUCUUAACCGAUUGCUUAUGACAAAUAACUUCCCUGAGUUCACAGGACGUGUGUGCCCAGCUCCUUGCGAGGGUGCCUGCGUUCUUGGAAUUAAUGAGGACCCUGUUGGUAUCAAGAGUAUCGAGUGUGCAAUCAUUGACAGAGGUUUUGAGAUGGGUUGGAUAAUUCCCACUCCUCCACCAAGUCGUUCUGGCAAGACCGUUGCAAUUAUAGGCUCAGGCCCCGCCGGACUUGCUGCAGCGGAUCAGCUCAACCACGUAGGGCACAGCGUCACCGUUUAUGAACGUGCCGAUCGCAUUGGCGGCUUGCUGAUGUAUGGUAUUCCAAAUAUGAAACUCGACAAGAAGAUCGUUCAGAGGCGCGUUGAUUUUAUGGCGGAUGAAGGCGUCAAAUUUGUUGCCAGCACAGCUGUAGGACCAGGGGAGGAUAUUUCUCUGCAGGAAAUACGUGCCAGGAACGAUGCUGUCGUGAUAGCCACUGGAGCUACAGUUGCAAGAGACUUGAAGAUACCCGGCCGUGAGCUUGGCGGCAUUCAUUUAGCUAUGGAAUUCCUUCACCGGAACACCAAAUCCCUGCUGGACUCCGAGUUAUCUGAUGGUCAAUACAUCUCUGCCAAAGAUAAACACGUCAUUGUCAUUGGCGGCGGUGAUACAGGUAAUGAUUGUAUUGGUACCUCAGUCCGACACGGUGCCAAGUCAGUGACCAACUUCGAAUUGCUACCUCAGCCUCCUCCAGAGAGGGCUCGUGACAACCCAUGGCCCCAAUGGCCACGUAUCUACCGCGUCGACUACGGUCACACUGAGGUGAAGACUCAUAUGGGAAAAGAUCCUCGUGAAUAUUGUGUGAUGUCGAAGGAAUUUGUCGGUGAGAACGGUGUUGUUAAAGGAAUCAACACCACCCGGGUCGAGUGGACUAAGAGUGCCUCUGGUGGCUGGGACAUGAAGACGGUGGAGGGGAGCGAGCAGUUCUUCCCAGCAGACCUCGUUCUGCUCUCCAUGGGCUUUUUGGGACCUGAGGAUAGGCUUCUUGGAGAUGGGAUCGAGAAGGAUGCUCGGAAGAACGUCAAGACGCCUCCCGGUCAAUAUUCGACUAAUGUCCCAGGCGUUUUCGCAGCUGGUGAUUGUAGACGUGGACAGUCUCUGAUCGUCUGGGGUAUUAAUGAGGGCCGUCAAGCUGCCCGUGAAGUCGACUCAUACCUUAUCGGUACGAGUUCUCAGCUUCCUGUAACUGGGGGAAUUGUUCGCCGCCCUGCAAUUGACGCUGUCCCUGCUGUGCAGGCGCAGGCCGUCGGCGCGUAG